CGCCCGAGACGAGCCCGAGCCGGAGGACGAGGCCCGCAGCAGCGAGCGCCAUGGCGGAGCAGACCUACUCGUGGGCCUAUUCCCUGGUGGAUUCCAGUCAAGUGUCAACGUUUCUGAUUUCUAUUCUCCUCAUCGUCUAUGGCAGCUUCAGGUCCCUCAAUAUGGACUUUGAGAAUCAAGAUAAGGAAAAAGACAGCAACAGUUCAUCGGGGUCCUUCAAUGGCAAUAGCACCAAUAAUAGUAUCCAAACUAUUGACUCCACCCAAGCACUGUUCCUUCCCAUCGGAGCAUCUGUCUCCCUUCUAGUCAUGUUUUUCUUCUUUGAUUCUGUUCAAGUAGUCUUUACAAUAUGUACAGCAGUUCUUGCAACGAUAGCUUUUGCUUUUCUUCUUCUCCCGAUGUGCCAGUAUUUAACACGACCCUGUUCGCCGCAGAACAAAAUUUCCUUUGGCUGCUGUGGACGUUUUACUGCUGCGGAACUGCUCUCCUUUUCCCUUUCUGUCAUGCUUGUCCUCAUCUGGGUUCUGACUGGCCAUUGGCUCCUCAUGGACGCUCUGGCCAUGGGCCUGUGUGUGGCUAUGAUUGCCUUCGUCCGCCUGCCAAGCCUCAAGGUCUCCUGUUUGCUCCUUUCGGGCCUUCUCAUCUAUGAUGUCUUCUGGGUCUUUUUCUCUGCCUACAUCUUUAAUAGCAACGUCAUGGUCAAGGUGGCCACCCAGCCAGCAGACAACCCCCUGGAUGUCCUCUCCCGGAAGCUUCACCUGGGACCAAACGUGGGCCGAGACGUUCCUCGAUUGUCUCUUCCUGGAAAACUAGUCUUUCCGAGCUCCACAGGCAGCCACUUCUCCAUGCUGGGGAUUGGCGACAUCGUGAUGCCAGGCCUCCUCCUGUGCUUUGUGCUCCGCUACGAUAACUAUAAGAAGCAAGCCAGUGGUGACUCCUGUGGGGCACCGGGGCCGGGGAACAUCUCAGGCCGCAUGCAGAAGGUCUCCUACUUCCACUGCACUCUCAUCGGAUACUUUGUAGGCCUGCUGACCGCGACGGUGGCAUCUCGGAUCCACCGGGCUGCUCAGCCGGCCCUCCUCUACUUGGUACCGUUCACCUUGCUGCCGCUCCUCACGAUGGCCUACUUAAAGGGUGACCUGCGCCGCAUGUGGUCUGAACCUUUCCACUCCAAGGCCAGCAGCUCACGGUUCCUGGAAGUAUGAUGGGUCAGCCGGAAAGUGACCAGACCCUGCUGCGGUCCUUCUCCCUUGACUCAUUGGUGGUUUUGUCCCCUCCCAGAGUGGUUCUGGCCCUCAGAGGUCGCGGCCUGGGGUGCCGGUCUGACCUGACUUUGCAUUGAGCCUCCAGAGACCCCUUUGGUUCCUUUCUCCUCCUGCACAUGUGGAAUCGGAGCCACUUGGUGAAGUUUCCGUCCUCCCCCUUCUCUGUUUUUAUGGAACUGCCCGCCCGUCCCCUUGGUGGGGGAAGCGGGGCCUGGACAGAGGCAAGCGGCCGCCCAGGAGCUAUGGACCAGACCUUCUUCAGGGAAGCCUCACACCCUUUGGGACAGGGCUCCCAUGGGGGCCUCCCUUUCAGAGACCUAAGACAGAAGUUCUGUCACGAGAAUCUUUUUUGGAUUGAUUAAACGUUUUCUGUGGUGUAAAGUGACUUAUUAAAUCCACAGACACACACGGAGUGACUUCUUAGAGGAUACAUAUAAGAAUUUGUUGUCAUGAAUUACAUUUCCACCCAGAUGUCGUUGUUGGCAGUGAACAAGGGCACGGUUUUUAUACAUGUACAUGCAGGCGUGGGCACACACAGCUCUCUAUAUGUGUGUGUGUGUGCAUAUAUACAUAUAUAUGUGUGUGUGUGUGUGUGUGCGCGCGUGUGUGUGUGUGCGCGUGUGUGCGUGUGUGCACAGAGAAAGCUCUGCUGCGCUCGAGCCUCAAGGGGACACCAAUGGGGCAUUCGCCGUGCCCUGGGGCACUGGGUCACCUCGGUGGAGCCAACUAGGGAAGCGAGCGACAUGCGGACCCCCGGGGGCCCUUCUCGGUUUCCUUUCCACAGACCUCUCCCUAACCUCUCCCAUUUUUUAGUCGUCUCUUCCUAAACCAAUGCAUGUAUCAUAGCAGCAGAAGUCUCUGUGCUUUCUGAUCAAGUGAUGUACCACGUGUAAAUACAUUUUUUCUAUUUUCUA